CAUGCGGAUUUAGCUCCGACACAACUCAUUGCUGCUCCAGCCCCCUGGACAAGUGUGGGUGUGUGUGUGUGUUGUGUUGUGCGUGCGUGUGUGUGUUUUCCUUUCCCCCUCUCUCUUCCUGCUCGUCCUGCACAGCUUAAUGAUGGAGAGGAUAAGAAAAGAGAUGAUAUUGAUGGAGAGAGGGCUGCACAGUCCCGUCGCUGCGGGGAAGAGGCUCGCAGACGCGCCGGGGAACUCGGUGCUGGAGGCCCUGGAAAACUCCCAGCACGGCGGACGGCUGAGCCCGAGAAUAACUUCGGCUUCCCUCCAUGGAAAUCUCGGGGACAUCCCGGGGAAAGGCAAGUUUGAGAUCGACAGCCUGUUCGGGACGCACCACGGCAGCGAGAACAGCUCUUCGGCGGAGAUUUCGUCGUCGGAGAGUCGCAAGAAAAUGAGCCUUUACUCCGAAGUUUCGCAAGAAUCAGACGUUAACAGUGAUGUGGAGGUGGGAUGCCCUGCGCACCGCUCCCCGAGCCAGCACAAGGAAAACAACAAAGGGUUUUCAGACAGUAAUUCCGGCUCAUCCAGCUCGAACUCCCUCCAGAACAUGAACGGUAACGGGUCCAACAACUCAAACAGCGACCAGGUCAGGAGGUACCGCACCGCGUUCACCAGGGAGCAGAUCGGGCGACUGGAGAAGGAGUUUUACCGGGAAAAUUACGUGUCGAGACCGAGGAGGUGUGAACUGGCCGCAGCGCUAAAUCUGCCCGAAACUACUAUAAAGGUCUGGUUCCAGAACAGGCGGAUGAAGGAUAAGAGGCAGCGCCUGGCGAUGUCCUGGCCUCAUCCAGCAGACCCCAGCUUCUACACUUACAUGAUGACGCACGCCGCAGCUACAGGGAGUCUACCGUACCCUUUCCACUCGCACAUGCCUCUACACUACUACCCGCACGUCGGUGUCACAGCAGCGGCAGCCGCAGCCGCCGCCACCAGCGCCGCCUCGUCACCUUUCGCCACCUCCAUCCGGCCCCUCGACACCUUCCGGGCACUCUCCCACCCUUACUCGCGGCCGGAGCUCCUCUGCAGCUUCAGGCACCCGGGACUCUACCAGUCACCCGCAGGCCUGAACAGCUCGGCGGCGGCGUCUGCGGCUGCAGCGGCCGCGGCUGCAGCGGCGGCGGUCAGCGCCCCGUCGGCCGCGGGGCCCUGCUCGUGCCUGAGCUGCCACAGCAGCCAGGCGGCGAGCGCGCUGGGCGCCAGGAGCGCCAGCGCUGACUUUACGUGCACAGCCUCGGGGCCACGAUCCGAGAGUGGAUUUUUGCCGUAUUCCGCCGCAGUCCUCAGCAAGACUUCAGUCCCGUCACCAGACCAACGAGAAGAGUCGUCACUUAACAGAUAA